AUGAACGGAAUUUUUGUUGGGCUGUUGUUGUUUUUUAUUUUUCUUAAUUGUAUUUCAUCGUCACCAUCACCAAUUCAACGUAAUGCUGAUCCAUCAUGUCCACCAUAUGGAUGUAUUGUGGAUACUUCAUUCUGUUUUUGUGGCGUAACACAAACUCCAGAUGAUCGUUGUUGCAAAGCUACUUGUACUUCAUGUCCACCUGAUUUUAAUGUUAAACCAUGGCUUACAAUUGACUGGAAUACAUUUAAUGUCAGUGCUCUCGAUUUAUCUCUUUUCGGUCGAAAGUAA